AUGAAAGCUCGAGCCAUUCCGGCCUCCGGGCUGGUCUUUUCACCACGAGUUUCACCUUCGACAUUAAUGUGUUGGCAGUGUUUUCGCAAUGAUCUUUUUUUGAGCCAAAUACACAGCUUCCAGACACGGAAGUACCAUCCCACGAGACGGAAGUCCGCCUCGCCGUUUGGUGCGGCAGUCUCCGCUGCACAAACACUCUUUAAAGGCUUACCGAAGGCGCCGCCGGGGAUCUCAGUAGAUCCAUUGAGGAUUGUAGGAAAGGAGUUGAAAUUUCUGACCAAGAAUAUUCGCCAAUUGCUCGGUUCAGGACAUCCAACUUUAGACAAGGUGGCAAAGUAUUAUACCAGGAGUGAGGGUAAACAUAUGCGCCCAAUGCUGGUGUUGCUCAUGUCCCAGGCGACUGCAUUGACCCCUCGAAACGGCCGAGCGAGCGCGACGUCUUCUACCCCCGUGAAUGAUUCUAUUAGUUCGCCAUCCGUGCUUGUUGAUACGAAUCCUGACCUUAAUCCGCUCACGUCGUCCUCUCCCGAAGCUCAAUACAAUUUCGUUGGCGAUGAGAAUAUCCUGCCCUCUCAGCGACGACUUGCAGAAAUCACCGAACUGAUUCACACCGCCUCCCUGCUGCACGACGAUGUCAUUGAUAACGCUAUCACUCGCCGGUCUUCCAGCUCCGCAAACCUCCAAUUCGGAAACAAGAUGGCGGUGUUGGCGGGAGACUUCCUGCUAGGCAGAGCCUCUGUUGCCCUGGCACGUCUAAGGGAUCCAGAGGUCACGGAGCUGCUAGCUACUGUUAUUGCCAAUCUCGUUGAAGGAGAGUUCAUGCAAUUGAAGAAUACGGCUGCGGACGAGAAGAACCCGGUUUUCACAGACGAGACCAUCUCGUACUACUUGCAGAAAACCUACUUGAAGACUGGGAGCUUGAUCAGCAAGUCGUGCCGUGCAGCAGCCCUGCUUGGUGAUAGUGUACCUGAGGUGGUCGAGGCAGCAUAUUCCUAUGGACGGAACCUGGGACUAGCGUUUCAGCUUGUGGAUGACAUGCUGGAUUACACGAUUACCGAUGCUGAGUUGGGAAAACCUGCCGGGGCGGAUUUACAACUGGGUCUUGCUACUGCGCCUCUCUUAUUUGCUUGGAAAGAAAACCCUGAAUUGGGCCCGAUGGUUGGCCGGAAAUUUAGCCGAGAGGGCGACGUACAAAGGGCUCGCGAUUUUGUCUAUCAAAGUGAUGGGGCUGGGAAAACUCGUGCCCUGGCCCAAGAGUAUGCUGACAAGGCCGCUGCUGCAAUCAGCAGCUUUCCUGAAAGCGAAGCGAAAGCCGGCCUUAUUCAAAUGUGCGAGAAGACGAUGAACCGAAGAAAAUAA